GUAUUCACUUUUACCUACUGAAACACUGUCAAACCUAGAUGAGGAUGUGGGCCCAGCUAGUGAAGUGCUGUCUAAAGUCCUGUGGUACAAUUAGAGAUAAGGGCUGUUUGCUUAUCAUGGGGGUUCAAAACUUUUUUGUCCCAAUCCGGCUAAAAACGUGUGGCUGCAUCUUACUUGUGCUGGCUGUGUUUGUCCUAAUCUUAAUGGUAUAUGUCACGGACAUUCUGGAGACUCCUACAAGUUUCAAGUUUCACAAUAAAGUGAACAACACCAAAAUCAUCCAUCCACCCACCAUUUCCAAUGUUACUCCACCUGCUGGCGUGUGGUACAACUUCUGCAAGCUAAAACCACUCUCCCCUAAGGAAGCCUUUGAAGAAGACCUCUUGCUACAGUCCAUCGCUUGGCCUGACACUCCACCUUUACAAUCUCUUUCCCUGAGAAAGUCCAGUGACCCAGCCCACAGCACCUUCACCAUUCUCGGAAGGAUGGGAGGAGGACAGUGGCAAAUAGGGGAUAAGAUGGAGGUUAUUAUUAAAAUGUAUGAUUUCCAGGGCCGUCCAAAGAACUGUGGGGGAGACGUCAUAGUCGCUCGCCUACACAACCCAGCUCUUGGUGCAGGUGUAGCAGGGAAAGUAGUGGAUCAUCUCAAUGGCUCCUACUCUGCCGUAUUCUCUUUACUCUGGGAAGGAAGUGCACAAGUUGAGGUAAUACUGGUUCACCCCAGUGAGGCAGUCACAGUGCUGGGCAGACUCACCAGAGAACAGCCAGAUAGAGUUUUUUUCGAAAGCCAGUUCCGCUCAGGAAGGGUCAGUGAAACUACCACCUGUAAUGUAUGUUUGCGUCCAUCCCGGCAGCCUGUGUGCAACUACACUGAGCUGCAUACAGGUCAGCAGUGGUUCUGCUACAAGCCAAAGAAGCUCAGUUGUGAUGCCAGGAUCAGUCACUCCAUUGGGGGAUUUACACAAAACAUCACCGCCAUGGAGAACAAGCUGUUUCAAAGUGGUGUCAACUUAAAAGUCUCCAUCCAAGCUUCAGGACUUGCCAACAUCACUGUAUUGCAGCAAAAGAAAGGUCAGAUCUCAAGGCAGCCAGAGGUGAGUCUGGAGUCUGGUCCCUCUGGCUAUUACUACCAGGGUGUGUGGCGAGCUUUAGGUGGCACCACAGUUUGGCAGUUUAACACUUCCUCAGCCAUUACUCAGUGUCUGAGAGGAAAGGUGAUUAAAAUGUACGGAGACUCCACCAUCAGGCAGUUGUUUGAAUACUUUAAUGGAACGCUAUCAGGUCUCAAGGAGUUUAACCUACAUAGCCCUAAGCAAAGUGGACCUUUUAUUGCCCUGGACUACCCAAAUAACAUCUUCCUGACGUACCGUUGCCAUGGUCCUCCUAUCCGGUUUAUGAAUGUCCCUAUCAGCGAGGUGCAUUAUAUUGCCAAUGAGCUAGACAAUGUGAUUGGAGGCAGCAACACAGUUGUAGUUCUUGGCAUUUGGUCACACUUCAGCACUUUCCCCAUUGAAGUCUACAUCCGACGGCUGCAGAGCAUCCGCAGUGCAGUGGUGCGCCUGUUGUCCAGGGCUCCAGAAACACUGGUUGUCAUUAGGACUGCAAAUCCCAAAGCUUUGAACCUCUAUGAGACACUUACUAAUAGUGACUGGUACUCACUGCAGAGGGACAAGGUGCUCAGGGCCAUGUUCAAAGGAUUGAAUGUCCAUCUGGUGGAUGCCUGGGAGAUGGUUGUGGCCUACAACCUGCCACACAGCCUCCACCCACAACCUCCCAUUAUCAAGAACAUGAUUAAUGUUCUCUUGUCCUAUAUAUGCCCUCAAAAGGGUGGCUAGAUUUAUUUUUUAACAGACCAGCCACGUAUGAGAUGGACUGCAUUUUAAAAAUCUUUUUAACAGGAAUUUGAGGUGGGAAAAAGAACCAAAGCAUGAUGGGAUACAACUAUCGAGAGUGGGGUUGGUACAUAAAAUUCACCAAGCAAAUUCCAUAAUGAAGUCAUCUACAAAAUACUGAUUGGUACACAAUAUGGUAUUUAAUGUCACGUGUCCAGCUGCUUAUUUCUGAGAAAUAAAGUGCUCACUGCUGCUUUGGCUCCAAAAAAGGUUUUUCAGUACAUCUUUGUAUUGCAGCUGUUGUUACAGUUUAGUUUGGGAGAAGAAUAAUGAUCAAGAUUGAGAAAUAUAUUCAUAAUCUACAGGCUUUUUUCUCUUUUUUGAACUGUUUUGUGCAACUAAGUCACACUACAUCUACAGGAACCUGCAAAGCCAUGGAGGUUCACCUCUGGUUCACUGGAGAGGUGACAGUGAUCUGUUGGAGAGCUAAUACUCAAUCUGCUUUCCAAUUCUGCCAAACCAAUACGCAAAAUGGAGGACAGGUGCAAGGAGGAGCGUUGAAGCCCAUGUUCCACCCAUGGUCAGAUGCCACUGUCCGCCACCAGAGUUUUGAAGAAAUAAAAACACAGAAGAGAACAGAAAACACUGUGGGAAGAAGACACAGCUGAAAUUACACAUGUCCAAUUAACAAAUACAUUGAAACAGGCAGAUGCAGCAACAAGAACUUUACAGAAUGCAUGGAUACAUUUACAUGUAUAACAAUCAAGAAAUAGAAA